UUUGGUUGCCUAGAAAUCGGCCUUUAAAAAAUAUUCCAUAAUUUUCUCGUUCUAAAGUAUAAUACUAUGUGCUAAGUAGUAAAUUUAGGCAUUAAAUUAGAGCUACAAAAUGGUGAUACCCAGCCCGUUCGUCUAUUGGGCGCAAACCGAGAAAGGGGUUUCCUUAAAGAUCGACUUGAAAAAUGUUGUAAAACCUGAUGUGAAUGUUCUGGAAAGCAAGAUUAAGUUCUCCGCCGACGGCAUAGGUGCUCAUGGCAAAACACUUUAUGAGUUUAGUUUAGACUUGUUCUCUCCCAUAAAAUCGAUUGAAUCUGACAGCGAGUACCCAACGACAGUGCGAAUAUUCGACAACCGCGUGGAAGUGAUUCUGGUGAAGGAGAAGCCAUCAUGGUGGCCCCGACUGACAGCACAACCACAAAAGCCAGCCUGGGUGAAGAUAAACUUCGACCUAUGGAAGACUGAGGAUGGAUUGGACAGCGAGGAUGAGACCCGUGACGUCAUGAAGGACUACCCCGGGAUGUAUGAUAAGCUGCAAAAAGAGGAAUUUGGCUAUAGGAAAGACUACAAGAAAGUAUAUCUCAUCCUCUACAACCUGUUCCAAUUCGUGGGCUUCUCCUACGUACUAGCGGUCAUGGCGGUCCGCUACAUGAAGCUUGAAGGGCUCUCAAUCGCCGAUACUUAUGAGCACGUGGGGCCCGCCAUGAAGUUUCUUCAACUAAUGCAGUACCUAGAAGUCAUGCAUCCCAUGUUCGGAUAUACUAAGGGAGGCGUUUUAGUCCCCUUCCUCCAAGUGAGUGGCCGCGCCAUGGUCCUGUUUGCCAUGAUCGAAGCAGAGCCUCGCAUGCAGACGAAACCCGUCGUUUUCUACCUAUUCAUAGUAUGGAGUCUCAUAGAGGUUGUCAGGUACCCAUACUACAUAACUCAACUCUACAAAAAAGAGAUUUACAUCCUCACUUGGCUCCGCUACACCAUGUGGAUCCCUCUCUACCCCAUAGGGGUCUUCUGUGAAGCCAUCAUCCUCAUCAGAAACAUACCUUACUUCGAGGAAACUUUAAAAUUCACAAUUUCUCUACCCAACGCUUGGAACUUCGCUUUCCACAUGCCAACUGCCUUACGAGUAUAUUUAUUACUUCUUAUGUGCCCUGGCUUAUACUUCGUUAUGAGCCAUAUGCAUAAGUUAAGAACAGUCAAGCUAAAACCUAAAGUUGUUAUAAAGAAGUCUAAAUAGUAUAACGCCUUAGGUAAGGCUGCGUCAGAUUUGGUGAAAUUGUGCACUGUUCUUUGGAUAGCACAUAUAACUGGUAUGGACGUUGUCUGUACUAAAAUAACGAUGGCAUUUUAUCGUGAUGUUUGUCAUUUUUUGGGAAUUGAAGAUAAAUGUAAUUUAAACUAGUAAGGUUCAUAAGGUCAUGUGGACUAAGAGAAACAUAAUUUAUGUUGAUUGGGGUAAGAGAAACAGUAUAAGAAUUCUGAUGAGGUAAGAGAAUCAUCAGGAGUCCCAGACAGGGAUCGGAUACCGGUAUUUUUUGUAUGGGAACGAAACCGGUAUUUUUUCGUUAUUGUUAAUUAUUUUAUUUCUAAUUGGGCAACCCAACCUAAUCGAAGGCGUUAAAAACACAACUAAGUCCUACAUUUGGAGUAUAAAAUAAUUCGAAAUAUAAUAGCUAUAGGGUAUAUGCUGCACAUGGAGCAUAAGGGGCAUAAGGACCCUUUAGGCAUGCAAAGUCACAAAUACUCGCCACUCGACUAAAUUACUAAUUUAUUUUUAUUAUAAACUGAUCGGCGAUUGGCCCUAGUCACACCUGAUAGAAAGUGAAGACAGGGCCUAAGAUGGAGCUCACCGGUUAAGUAACAGCCUAUUCACUCUUGCUUUAAAGUAAUGUAGUCCGAACUAUUAGACUUAAGCGCAUUGUCAUUUCGUGGACGCAUGCGUUCAACCAAAGAGAUUUAAGAAGACAUACGAGUGCUUACUCCAUAUGUCACUUUUGUACCAAAACGACUAUUAUUUUCGUAGUCUACAUCUAGCGUCACGUAGCGGACGGACGGAAAUUCAAAUGCUCAACGAUUUUCAGCUAAUACUAUAACCGGAACUCUAUUUUCAACUCCUUCUGCUUAUAAUAUCAAUACAUAUUAUAAAACAAUAUACUCCUUUUUUUGGGCAGUCGUGUAAAAACAAAGUCCCACACCACGUCUGUCUGUCUGUAUGUUCGCGAUAAACUCAAAAACUACUGAAAGGAUUUUCACGCGGUUUUCACCUUUCAUUAGAGUGAUUCUUGAGGAAGAAGUUCUUGUUGUAGAAGAAAUUUGUUGAACUACCCGUGCGAAGCCGGGCGGGUCGCUAGUUAGUUAUAAAUUGUUGAGCAAUACACUUUUCGUCACUCGCGACACAUGUGACAUCGUAUCGAGUAGCAGUACUGAUAGUUCCGCUACUUACCGCUAGAUGUAGACUACGAAAAUAAUAGUCUUUUUGGUUACAAAACCGAUGUAUGGAGUGAGUACUCUAUGUCUUCUUAAUUCUCUUUGGUUCAACGCUGCUGCGUUUAUCGCAUAAAACAACCGCGCGCAACAUAGAGACAACAUACAGAUUUAAUAUUGCUUGUUGUAGUAAAUGUAGUGUACUUAGUGGGAUAUGCAAUGUUUAGUCAAGUAGAAUCAGUGUGUAGUUUAAAGUAGAUGUACGGGAAUUCGGUUCAUUUAAUUUUAGUACAUAUCUAGGUUUCACCUUAGUUGGGUACCCUGGACUGUUUCUAGUCCUGCCUUUAACCUUUUCGACUCCGUGUCAAAUACAGAAACUGUCACUCGGACACCACGUCCGAAGUGUCAAAACUGAAAUUGAACUUUAUGCACAUGCACGUAGGUCUAUGUUGCUCUAUGGUCUGUGUCGGAUUGAUCAUUUGGCGUUGGACCUGCGGUGCCGAUAUAUCGGUCAUUGGCGUCCAAAAGGUUAAUGAAUAAGACUUGUGUUAAAUAUAUUAAUAACGGGUCACUCACGUGUUUUAAGUCGAAAACGCUCGACAUGUUUCACUCCGUACCGAGGAGCGUCAUCAGGAGCUUGCGUCGACGGUGACGGACCGGCGCAGACUGCGGGCCGCAGCCCUCCGCGCCCGAUGACAUGUCGAGCGUUUUCGACUUAAAACACGUGAGUGACCCGUUAUUAAUAUAUUUAAUAUGUCUGUGUCUCACGGAAGUUUUGUUAAGACUUGUGUUGUAUGUGAUAAGAUAAACGGAUAAGAAACCACGCUUAAUUACUAUAUUUUGCUUCAAAACUUUGGUUCAGCGUACAGCUGUACUGUUUAAAUGUACAAAAUUCAAAAUAUUAUGGUAAGAAUUUAAACUGUUGUGAGACAUACUAACAUUAAAUCAUUUUACGGUUUAGACUCACUUGUUUUAGUCACUCGCUCGCUUGGUUUAGUGAGUUCGUGCUGUGUGGCGCUACAAGUGUUAGUUGACCCAAACCCAAACACACCACUGUGCCCGCCUACAACGAUAGCGCAAGAUCUCCCCUAACCGGCUUUCUCGGCGCGCGGCAGUACGCAAUACACGGUCGUCGUGAACGCUGCUUGCACUAUUAGUGCUUGAGAAAGGAGACCUAGGCUCUCCGAAACAUGUCGCGCGAGUGACUAAAACAAGUGAGUCUA